CUCCCCUCUUUUUUUUUUUUUUUUCUCCUCCCUCUAUAUUAUUAAAAUAAUAGAUUAAUAUAUUCCGUAAUGAAACUAUAUUGUCUUCUUUUUCUUUUAUCACUAUGUUUUCAAUUAUAUGCUUGUGAUUCUAAACAAGAUCAAGUAGAAGGUUUUUUUAGUCAAAGUGGACAUACAAACAAUUGGGCUGUUUUGGUAUGUACUUCUCGAUUUUGGUUUAACUAUCGACAUAUUGCCAAUACAUUAUCCAUGUAUCGUACUGUCAAAAGACUUGGGAUUCCAGAUUCUAAUAUCAUUUUGAUGCUUGCCGAUGAUGUGUCAUGUAACCCUCGAAAUACCUAUCCUGCUACUGUAUAUAAUAAUGCUGCUCGGUUUUUGGAUCUAUAUGGGGAAAAUGUAGAAGUGGAUUAUCGUGGUUAUGAAGUUACUGUAGAGAACUUUAUCAGAAUGUUAACAGGACGUGUAUCACCAGAUACACCUAGAUCCAAACGACUUUUAUCCGAUGAUAGAUCUAAUAUCUUUGUAUAUAUGACUGGUCAUGGUGGUGAUGAAUUUUUGAAAUUCCAAGAUGCAGAGGAAAUUAGUGCAUAUGAUUUAGCCGAUGCUUUUAAACAAAUGUCUGAAAAGAAUAGAUACAAUGAAAUCUUUUUUAUGAUUGAUACAUGUCAAGCAAAUACCAUGUAUAAAAGGAUUGAUUCGCCAAAUAUCUUGGCCACUGGAAGCAGCAAACUUGGUGAAAGUUCCUAUUCUCAUCAUAUUGAUUAUGAUAUUGGUGUAGCGGUGAUUGAUAGCUUUACUUAUUAUAACUUGGAAUUUUUAGAAAAAGUCGAUAUGACAAGUGAUGCGACAUUGCAAGAUUUGUUUCAAACUUAUGAUCCUGUCAAGAUUGCCUCUGAACCUGGGAUUAGAUCUGAUUUAUUCCAUCGUCCCUUGGAUAAGGUUAAAGUGACGGACUUUUUUGGUAAUGUACAAAAUGUAGAAUUGACUCGACAAAGGUAUCCUCUUAUUGAAGAAGAUGACAACAUUUCAUUGACAUAUAACGACUCGACCACCUUUGAUACGCCUGCAAAUCCUAUUCAAUUGGAACCAACGAUUCGUCAUUCGUUCAAAGUUCAACAACGACCACAAUCUCUCUCUUGGUACAUUUCCAAUCCUGCGUCUCUGUUUGGUGGUUUAGUGACAAUAAUAUUAGGCUAUUUUAUAUCCAAAUCAUUGACUAUUUAGUUUUUUUUUUCUUUCCCACUAUUCACUUUCUUAUCUUUUUUUUUCUAUUUGUAUAUACCUCUGAAAGUGAUACACGCCAUUUUUUUUUUUUUUUUGUACUGCUUUUUUUUAAUGAAUGUACUUCAAUUCAAUAAACAUGCUCUUUUUUUGUACACA